UUUCCCAAACAUCUCUGAACGAGUCCAGUAAGUUGACGCACAGUGCAGUCCGGGGGAAACUGGGGCCGCGCGACGUCACACUGAGAAGUUUGAGCAGAUCCAAGAUGGCGGAAGACGGCGGACUGAGGAAUCGGCGUUUCUCAGCGACGAAGCAGAAAUGCCACAACUUUGCUGAAGAUAUGAGCGGUGUGGAAGAUGUUCCAGUGUGCCGCCCCGUCGAGGAGAUGAGCUCACUGGACACUAAUGGAGUCACACCGUGUGCUGUAGAGGAAGAGCUUGAGCCGGAGGACGACUCUGUUCCUGAGGGGGCUCGACCCAUCCAAAUUGUAAUCACCAACGAGGACGAUCAUAAGUUUGAGUUGGAUGCUGCCGCGUUGGAAAAAAUCCUGAUGCAGGAACAUGUCAAGGAUCUCAACGUGGUUGUGGUGUCUGUGGCUGGUGCCUUCCGCAAGGGAAAGUCCUUCCUGCUGGACUUCAUGCUGCGUUACAUGCAUAAUCAGUCAUCUGAGUCAUGGACGGGAGGAAACGAUGAGCCACUGACUGGUUUCUCCUGGAGGGGAGGCUGUGAGAGAGAGACUACAGGAAUCCAGGCCUGGAGUGAGGUGUUUGUUGUGGAAAAGCAAGAUGGAACCAAGGUGGCUGUUCUGCUGGUGGACACUCAGGGAGCCUUUGACAGUCAGUCCACCAUCAAAGACUCUGCCACAGUUUUUGCUCUGAGCACCAUGACCAGCUCUGUGCAGGUUUACAAUCUCUCUCAGAAUAUCCAAGAAGAUGAUUUGCAGCAUCUCCAGCUUUUCACAGAAUAUGGUCGCCUUGCAAUGGAGGAAAUCUGUGAGAAACCAUUUCAGAAACUAUUGUUUCUGAUCAGAGACUGGUGUUACCCCUACGAGCAUGGGUAUGGGCUUAAAGGAGGGAAUUGUUUCUUGAAACGGAGACUACAGGUGAAGCAGAAUCAACAUGAAGAGCUGCAGAACGUUAGGAAACACAUUCACAGCUGUUUCUCCAGCAUAGGCUGCUUUCUGCUGCCACAUCCAGGUCUGAAAGUGGCCACCAACCCUCACUUUGAUGGCAGACUGAGAGACAUUGAUGGUGAAUUCAAGAAGGAGCUGCAGAGUCUAGUGCCUUUACUCCUGGCACCAGAGAACCUGGUAGAGAAAGAGAUCGGUGGAGCUAAAGUCACGUGCAGAGACCUGCUGGAGUACUUCAAGGCGUAUAUUCAAAUCUUUCAAGGGGAGGAGCUUCCACAUCCUAAAUCCAUGUUGCAGGCAACUGCUGAAGCAAACAACCUGACAGCUGUCGCUGGAGCGAAAGACACUUAUAACAGAGCCAUGGAGCAGGUAUGUGGAGGUGACAAACCAUACAUCGCCCCAUUGGACCUUCAGUGCUAUCACGAAGAGUUUAAGAAAACCUCCAUUAAACAGUUUAGCGCGGUGAAGAAAAUGGGCGGUGUAGAGUUCAGUCAGCGCUACCUGCAGCAGUUGGAAAUGGAGCUGGAUGAAGUGUACACAAAUUUUGUGAAACACAAUGAAAGCAAGAACAUUUUCUAUGCAGCGAGAACUCCAGCCAUCCUGUUUGCCAUCAUGUUUGUUACCUAUAUGGUGUCCACAGUAACGGGUUUCCUUGGGCUAUCGGUAAUCGCGGCUCUGGCAAAUCUGGUGAUGGGGGUGUCGCUGCUGUCGUUGUGUGCCUGGGCGUAUGUCAGAUACUCAGGAGAGUAUCGAGAAGUGGCUGUGGCAAUAGACCUUAUCACAGAGGCCCUGUGGGAACAGGUGCUGAAGCCACUUACUGAGCAGUACAUGGAAGAAAAUGUCAGACAGACUGUUGUGAACUCUAUAAGAGCCACGCUCACAGAUCAGGUGACACAAGCCACAAAGUUGAAGAACAACUGACAGUUUGCUGUGCCUUAUCUGCCCCGUGUUUCAACAAUCACUGCUUUUAUGUUGUGUAGUUUUUGUGAUGUACGGUCAUGUAGAUUCUAACCAAAGUUUACAGCAUUAUUUUCACUGACCAAGACUCUUUAAAAUAAAGGUGAUUCACGAUGCCAUAGAGGAAGCUUUUUGUCUAAAUGGAUCCAUAAAGAACCUUUCUGUUCCACAAAAGGUUCUUUGUGGCGAAAGAAGGUUCUUCAGAUUAUAAAAAGGUAAGAAAGAGAUGGUUCUUUAAAGAACCUUUGACUAAAUGGUUCUUUGUGGAACCAAAAAUGGUUCUUCUAUGGC